UUGUUUUCAUUUUGCACGCGAAGCAGGAAAACUCAAGUGAAAUUUAAAUUUGAAGUUAUUAUUUGCCAGCAACAUGGGCUAGUCUCGCCAGUCGAAGUUUUAACUAUUUUCUCACUUUUUAUUUUAUUAAUUGACGAAGGAUAGGAAAAAUCAGGGAAAAAUCAACGCAAAACUUGCUACAAUUCCAAGUGAUAUUCCAUAUUUACUUUUAAAUCGUCGCAUUUUUCUUCAAAUCAUAGAACAAAGAACAAAAAUUCCACCCCAGUGAAACAAUUCGCUUAAAAUUUAUUUAUAAUUAUUGCUGAUUAAAUUAUAAAACGAGAUAGACUUGAAAUUAUACACAGCGUGUUUGAAAGGAAAAAUUAUAAAAGGCAGUGAAAAAGUUUCCAACCAAACUGCACCUCUCAAAGCUUGUCCGGAUGGCGUCCCAGGCCAGUGGACGUUCAUCAGGAAUCCGGACGCUGGCGUUCAUGGACUUGGAGACGACGGAUCUUCCGCACGCAGCGUCCCGAGUCCGCGUCACCGAAGUGGCCGUCGUGGCCGUGUCCACGGCGGACCUUUUGGCCGCCCGACCCAGGCCGCCACGCGUCCAGCACAAAGUGACCCUCUGCGUCGACCCUCGCCUGCCCAUCCACCCGACGGCCUCCAAACUGACCGGCCUGGACAACUUCCUGCUCGAAGGUCAACCCUAUUUCGACGAGACGACCUGCGCCACCCUGGAGACCUUCCUCGGACGGCUGCAGCAUCCGGUGUGUCUUCUCGCGCACAAUGGGCACAUCUUCGACUUCCCCAUGCUCGCCAAAGAGUUCAAGACUUUGAAUAGGCCAUUUCCCAAUGACAUGCUUUGCGCCGACACCCUUCACUACUUCAGGCAGGCGCUCAAUGGAGGUCCCUCAAAACCAACCAAAGCCAUAAGACGCCUGAAUUUUGGUGAAUCAACUCAACUGACCCAGCAGAAGACGCCAAACAAGCAAAGUCCCAAAAAGUCAAAUCUGGACGAUUUUGACUCGACUGAAUUGGACGCCGAACUUUCCGCAAUUGCCGAUGCGGUGGAGCUUUCGUUCCAGAAAUCAGACAAGCCCAUCCCAGCGACCCCUUCGCAGUUGGCUGCAGUUCAGGAACAAACUCCUCAACGACGCACGUCCUACCGCUUGGGCGACGUGGUCGAUCGCCUCGUUCCGGAAUUCCAGGCGACGGCGCUUCAUUCCGCAGAGGGUGACGUCAUGGCCCUUUUGCACUGUGCGGCUGUUGUGGCUCAGGACUUGGUGCCGUGGGUCAAUGAAAAUGCGCGUCCUUUUCCACAGAAGAAAUAAGUUUUUUUUUUUUAAAUUUUAGACUGAGGCAAUGUUUAAACUUGUAUAAAAAUGAAAACUGAUGUAUUCCCAGUUGAAUCUGCCCAAAAUCUCAAAAAUUGUUGGAGCAAAACAAUAAAGAUCUGGUAUUUAUUAAAAAAAUUAAAAGAA